AUGACCUGUGAGGAUUUCGAGACCGAGAGAAGACGCCUCGCGGCAGCCGGCGGCCUCCGAUUCUCCGGAGCUCGGCCUCCGCCGUUGGGCGUGCUUUUGGCUAUCACUAAUGCCGCCAUCAUACAUUUCGCUGCUUAUCAUAGCCAAACCGUAAUCGUAGUAAGUAACAAGCCGCCACACUUCCCGACUUUCGAAAUCGAGUCGGUCUCCCUAUCCACAAUAACCACCAAAAACAACAACAACAACACGAUUAAUAAUAUUAAUACAGCCGUGUGGGAACUAGGGUUUUCGGUCGGGAAGCUCAACGGCAAGAAAAUCAAGGAUUUGAGCGUGUGGGCCCGACAAAGACUCGGGCUCCGGGAAUGUGACCUCUUAGCCACUGUUUUGACGCCUCAACAAACCGAGUCCAAGGCGCUCGAUUGUGGGGUCAUGUUCACGGGUGGCUAUUCCGAUUACACGUUAUUCACGGCCUUGUGCAAGAACGUGUACAUCGAGGCGGAGACUGCUGGCCGGUGGAUUAUGGUUGGAGGGUCAAGAUUGUGUCCGGUUACUUAUCACGAUUAG